AUGGAAAAUCGCGUAUUGCGCCGCGGCUGAUGUAUACACUAAUGUCCCUACGACAUUCUUGGAGUACCUUCAUCAGAAACGGCGCAAGACACCGUCUAUGCUUAUGAACACCCAGGACUUCGUUUCCAGCCAUUCACACACCGUGAAGCGAAAUCCGUAUAUCAUACUUGUUGAUUAUUUACCAUCUGGCCGAUUUCCUGACGAUGAUUCUCAGCCCAGGCUUAACUGUUGUAAUGAUAGCAGGUGCGAUUAAAGCGAUAGCGGGCGAUGUUUUGAUCUGGGAGGCUUAUAUAAUAGCUGUGAUCCCGGUUGCAGUUUUUAUAUUUAUCUGUGUUUAUCUCGAACCCUCGAUAUCCGCAAAGGUGGCGGGGUUCAUGUGUGUACUGUAUGCUGUGUCGACGAUGGUCAUCGUGGUCGGUGCACUCGUUCAAAUUUCAAACCCGUCACUGUUCACCCCGUAUGCAGUGUAUGUCAUUGCGACGAUGGCUAUCUAUAUAGCAACAGGAGUGUUUCAUCCACAGGAAAUCUUAUGUGUAUUACCCCUGCCUAUCUAUCUCCUGCUUCUACCGGCUCGUAAUUUGGUCUUCACCUUUUUCGCAAUUUGCAAUGUGCAAGACAUGGACUGGGGCGUAAGAGAGGAUGUGAAACUGAUGUCUCAAAAGAUGAGGGAGGAAUCCGAGAGACAGGCGGAUAAAAUACGAGAUAAAAUGUCUGGUAUAUUCGAAGAUGAAAGUCGAUGCUGCGGCCUGUCGAAACUUUUCAAAUGUGGAGAGCGUUCCAAUGAGAUGAAUGAAACAAUGUUAACGCAGAUUUUACUCAGACUGAGUAAGCUCGAGGAAGGCGAUCGAAAUGGGUUUCUGAAAACCCUCGAUCCAAAGGUCCGCCAAUUACUGAUAUCCGCACAGACCAUAGAAGCAGAGUCCGGUAUUGAAGUAAAUCACGACAUCCCCGAAACACCGCUAAUGACAUUGAAACUGGGUGAGCGCGCACCUGAGAGCAACGCAAAUCCCGCAUGGAUUAACCAUGAGACAUUUGAGGAAUGCCCAGUGACGACCUUGGGGGAUAAAGAGGAAGUGUUCUGGAAACAGCUUAUAAAGAAGUAUCUGAAACCAAUCUUCAACGACGAAGAUACGCAGAAAGCUAUGGCUACUGGGCUAAAAGAAAUGCGAUCAAAGUUCUUGUUUGGUAUCAUCAUGGCAAACGUAUUAUGGUUGAAUGCAAUCAUAAUGAUACAGUCGGUUGAACAGCCUGUUAAAGAUUCCAUUUAUAUAAAUGUAACCUUGCCUGGUGACAAUCGUCCCCUCCAGCUUGAGCCUAUCGGACUCGGGUUUCUGUUUUUCUUUCUCGCCAUUACAGUCGUGCAGUUUCUCGUUAUGUUGCUUCAUAGGUAUGACACCCUGCUCCAAAUUCUGGCCUUCACAAAAAUUAAUCUCCCUUGUUGGGCUAAAAAUCGGGUCGAUGAAUCAAAGUCCCCAGAGGAAGCACCCACCAAAGUAACCGGCGAUGACGUUAAAAAGUUUGUGCAACUUGCUAAAACAUGGCAACGCCUGCGCAUAGAAGACCCUAGUGCGGACUACGAGAACAGACAGAAUCCGAUUGGAGGAAAUAACGCAACGGAUACAGACAACAAAAGUCCUGAAUAUUCUCGAAAGGUUAGCCAUGCGAAUGCGUUAAGCGAGGCAUUCAGUCAGCGGUUUAAUACGUACAGGCGAAGAGUAGAAGAAACUGGUGGGGAUGUCCAGAAUACGAUUUAUGAGAGCGUACGACGGGGCAUGCCCAGGCAUCUUUUGAACAAGCCCAGACAAAAUUCAAUGGAAAGUAACACAUUAAAAAGACUGAGAGAGCGGAAGAUAUCCAGAUAUCAAGACAGAAAAGUGUCUAGACAAUUCAAGCAAUCGAAUGAGUACGUCUAGUGAACUUGUUCUGUAAAAUGUUUGAUGCAAUGAAAUGAAAUAAGACUGAAUCACUUUAAUCAAUGGAAAAAUAUCGAGAUUAUAUGAUUUUAGGUAUAACGUUUAAUAUAACCAAAGACUUCACUGCUGGUGAAAGACAUUUGUAUAUAAUAAAAGAAUGCCAUAGUAACAGACAAUACAUUUACUCGUUCGUGGUGAAAGUAACUAAGUUCUGUAUAUUCCAGUAUGUAGACAAAGUUAAAUCAGCAGUGCCAAGGUCGAUAGCUCAAAACAUUAAGAAGAAAUGUCAUUAAACUGAUGAGCUUCUUUUGAUUUGCAUGGCAAGAAUAAUAUCUGCUGUUUUCAGUUGGAUUUCACUUACACUUUCACCAAAUAUCUGAUUAAUAAAUAUAUAAUGCAUACAACAAUACAAAGAUGAUGAAGGGAGCGAGACACCACUGAAAGGUGUAUGGUGCCCCCUAUAACAAUAAAA